AUGGCCAUAUUUCUGUUGGUCAUUCAGUCCAUCUUGGGAGUGAUAAUUAACUCAUUUAUGUGUGGUGCCAUCCUAGCCAAGAUCUCUAGACCCAAAAAAAGAGCAAAAACCAUAACCUUCAGCAAAAAUGCUGUCAUUAGCAAGCGAGGUGGGAAACUUUGCCUUCUUAUAAGGGUUGCAAAUUUAAGGAAAAGCUUGCUGAUAGGAGGCCACAUAUAUGGUAAAUUGCUGAAAACCACCGUUACACCUGAGGGAGAGACCAUUAUUUUAGAUCAAGUAAACAUUGAUUUCAGAGUGGAUGCUGGAAAUGAGAACCUCUUCUUUGUGUCACCAUUGACAAUCUACCAUGUUAUCGAUAAAAACAGCCCAUUCUACGAGAUGUCAGCCGAGACUCUUCUACAGCAUGAUUUUGAGUUGGUGGUGUUUCUAGAUGGAACAGUAGAAGCUACAAGUGCUACUUGUCAAGUGCGCACAUCUUAUAUCCCCGAAGAGGUGCUCUGGGGGUAUCGCUUUGCUCCAAUUGUGUCCAAAACCAAGGAAGGCAAAUAUCGAGUAGACUUCAGUAACUUUGGAAAAACUGUGGAGGUGGAAACACCUCACUGUGCUUUUUGCAUGCACAAUAAGAAGGAUGCCCAAGCCAAGCUGAACCAAGGCUAUGAUAAUCUAGCCUUUGUUGUCUCGGAAAUUCCAGAGGCCCCCGAAAACAAUGAAACAAAAAUGUAA